UAAGCGGCAAUUCAUAUCGGGCCUAUCAUCGUAUGAGUCCGACUUUCCCUGUCACUGGCAAACGUUGUUUCAGGUCCAAGAGUUUCCAAUCGAGUUCAACUUCUCGUGUCGUUUGCUCCCCUUCCUACGUGAACAAGGAAGCCCAACUUCGAACAUUCUACUGCGGAUACCUCAGAGCUACGAUAGGCAAGAGUUGUGACUUCUUUGAUUUUGGGUUCAAUUAAGAGAUCGUAUUUCUGUCAAGGCGCUCAGCUGGAUGUUGGUCCGUGACAUGGCUCACAUGGCGGCACACUCAGCAAUCCAGACCAGUAUAAAACACAGAUUGAUGCUCAACUCGUCAGCGUAUGACCCACAUGUUAUGUUGCGCUGUGUGUGGAGCUGGAGACUAUCAACACAUGUCACAUUUACUCAUGGAUGGAUGUCAUUGGGAGUCUCAGACAUCGACAACUUGAACUCACUCGUUUGAGUUCCAGGCAUCUUUCUCAUUCCUACUUCCUGUGAAACCCUCAUCGGCAUAUUUUCGUUCGGAAAAGUUAAGAAUUCACAUGUUGUACCCAGACGUCGAGCGGUGACAGUGAGUAGCGGCUUGGGGCAGACGUACCU